AUGAUAUCCACAGAAACAUUCAAUCUACUAAUUCGUCUUAUUAACUAUGUAAUUGGUAUACCUUUUCUGAUUUUUGGCAUGCUGGGAUCGAUUCUGACGGUCGUAGUUUUUACUAGAAAGCGUUCAUUCUUGCGAAAUACAAGUGUAGCUUAUUUAUUGGCUGGCGCAAUUAUAACAGGUCUUCAUUUACCACUAAUUUAUAUACAAACGAUCCUGGUUUAUGGUUUCAAUACAUCACUGAUGAAUACAAAUGUGGCUGCUUGUCGUGAACAUACAUAUUUACGUUAUGUGACAACAGUAGCGGCAAUUUCAUUUCCAUGUUGGGCUGCUUUCAAUCAAUAUGCUACCACUUCUCGAGACGUAGCUUUUCGAAACCGUUGGAGUUCAUUGCAUUUUGCUCGAAUAGUUGUUUUGUGUAACAUAAUCUUUUGGAUUCUCAUUUAUAUACCGAUUCUAUUUUCCACGGACAUUAUACAUGGUGUCUGUGUGUUCAAACCUUGCGCAUAUACCACAUUCAAUACAUUUGUGUUCACACCGUUGGUUUAUGGCUUAGGUCCAGCAGCAGUAUUUAUUCUUAGUACAAGAGGUACUAUAAAAAAUCUUCGUUCGAAUUUUACUCACAAUGCUAAUGAACGUCUGACAAUACAAGUUCGUAGAAUGCUUCUUCCUCAACUUAUAAUAUUGGCCAUAUCUGGAAUACCAUUCGGUUUUCAAGGCAUCUAUCUGUCAAUGACUAGUUACAUUCAGAAAGAUGCUUGGCGUAUUGCAUUGGAAAAUUUCAUUGGUCAAAUUAUUCUUAUUUUUUAUCAUUUUAAUUAUGUAUUCACAUUUUACAUUUAUGUAUUGAUGUCAAGUGAAGUGAGAAAAAUAUUGAAUCGACAAAUCUUGAAAGUGACUCGAUUCAAUAAAAUAAUUCCAACUGAUGCUGCAAAAGAAAAUUCAAUGAUUCUUCGACCAGUGCAGGCUGCAACUUCAAAGCCAAAAUUUUAG